AUGAGGGGAAGGCACGAUCACGAAGCAGGGCCUUCGCAUAGACGAACACCUUCUGCGACCUACUGCUCCGACUCACACAUGGAUUGGAGAAAUUACCUCGAACCAGCGAGACGCUCCGUUUCGCUCAGUUCUUCGCCCUCUUACCAUAACUCUUUUGGGCCACAUCAAGAAGAAGAGCCUCAGGACUCGCACCACUCACAUCAUUCUUUGCAGCGUUCGGGUUCUCGUCAUUCUUUCCAGAACCCCACUCCUUAUUUUCAUAGUCGUUUCAACCCGAUUAACCAAAUCGCUGAACCAGUGGGUCAUAACCCAUUGGGGCCAGCAGAUCACUUUCUAGAGUACCAAGAUAUGGAUGUGGACGACGAUCCAGAUCCCGCCAUGCCACCUUCUGGGACGCCCACGCAUCCCAUAGAGAUCUCCAGCGGUUCUUCAUUUACAGGAUCGCCAUACAGAGGCCCCGGCAUAUGGGCCGAAAGGUGGAGCACUUACAAGUGGGAGUUUACUCCCCCUUACCACAACUCACAUCCACCACAGCGGGCUCCCUCUGAGGACCCAUAUUUUCAAGCGAUCACGCCACCGCCAGCACUAGAGCAACCUCCACCACCAGAACCGUCGAGGCGAAGAAGAAGCGCACGGAUGUCCGUGCGAGGGGGUUUCCAUUUCAACACCCCACAAAACUCCAGCAACUAUCCUCCUAUCUUUGAAGACCCACAAAUGGGCGGGCCUUCAAAUUCUGUGUCAGAAGUCGACUCUGCACCGGUCGCUCCUGCACCACCACCACCCAUGGGUUAUGAAAACCCAAUCCCUGCUUACCCAGAUGCAGCUGGGUACAACCCGUUUGAGCCUCAAACUUACUCGGGUUAUAACUACCAUGCACCUGCUGUCGACCCAUACAUGAGGCAGCAAACUUUAAUGCUCUCUACCCCUCACCUUUUCCACCCGCGUACCUAA